UUUCUGGCAUAGAGACAAGAAUAAGGCAUGUGAAGGGCAAGCAUGACAUCAGGAUUCCUAGAACACACACAGCACAACAUACGAUUCCCUCCCAGGACAUGGCAAGGACUUCAAUGUACUAGCAGUAUCUUGUUGUAUGCUAGCAAACAGUACAUGUCUGUCUAAUAUUACUCAGUUAUCAAUGAUAUAACAUACUAAAAAGAAUAAAAAAGAAUGGCAGAAAACAAUAGGAAUAAUUGGUUCGAUUAAUAUACCUAGCAACAUCUGCUCCCAUCACACUGUAUAAACAAAUGAAUCAGCGUAUGUUAAUCAAACAUUACUCACCUGUCUGUCCUUCAAUUGAUGACUUGCACUAAGAAUAAUUUCCUGGGAAUCCUGUUCCUCCCCACAAUCGACAAUAUAUAAACAUCUUGCCUGGCUUGAUCAAGCAGUCUGUAUGUUGCAAUGUCUCAGCUAAGUCUCAUCUUCACUCUGUUGGCAGUGGUUGUGGUGGCCACGAGAGUGACAGCCAAUGGCCGUGACCAGGGACAGCCAGCUACAUUUGAAUGUCCUGCUGAUGGGUAUUUUGCAGACCGUGGGAGAGAUUGCAUACCAUAUUACCACUGUGUCAAUGGCCAACCCUCAACGUUUGGAUGUCUAAAGGGAUUCAAAUUUGAUGAACUGGCAAGCAGAUGUCGCCCAGCUUCCACUGUGAACUGCUGAAUGGAAACUGCCCUGACAUUCUUCAAAAAUGCAUCUAAAUCAACCAUGUAAUGACUGAAAUGACCAAGACCACCCAAUAAAUCACACACCU